GCGGUCGAGUCCCAAAGGGGGCUUUGCCCGCGCGACGUAAGCGUCCUGCUCGAGCGCAGGAAACGCGCUGAGAACACAACUGGCUCGCGAAGCGAAGUGGCAACAUCCUAACGCACCGUGCCGAUCGAGCUAACUCGACACUGUCAAACGUGACAGAUUUAAUCCAUCUUUGAAGGAUAUCAACGAUGUGGCGGAGGAUUUUUGCAGUUAUGAACAUGUGAAGGCAUUUCUGGAAACUGAACAAACUUUUUUAUUUUUUCGAUCGCAGUUUAUUGCUGGACAGGCGAAAUGGAAUGCGAUUUUUCAAGCUCUGAGCGCAUAAAUAUGGAUACCUGCUUGCGGCGCUUGAAGCAGGAACUGCUGUCCAUGAAGGAGGCGGGCGAUGGGCUGUUUGCGCAGAUGAACUCCAUGAUGGGGGCCCUCCAGGAGCUGAAGCUGCUGCAGGUGCAGACGGCGCUGGAGCAGCUGGAGAUAUCCCAGAAGCCCCGGCCGUGUCCCCCCCCAGCGGAGACGCGCGUCUCCAGCCCCGCCCCGGAGACAGAGGCGCCCCCCAGCUGGGGGGAGCAGAGGCGGGGCCUACACCGCAACAGCCUGGACACGUCCCCCUCCAUGUCGAGUCUGGAGAGCGGGACCAGCGCUUCCUCUGCCUCCUCCUCCUCUUCUUCCUCCUCCUCCUCCGCCGCCUCCUCCUCCUCCUCCUCCUCGGGGAGCUCCUGUGAAAGCGGUACAUCGCAGGAGGGCAGCAGCCCCCCGAGCCCUCUGAACCGCACUUUCCAGAAGCAGCACCCCCCGCCUCAGCUGGCCCCCAUCGACCUGCCCGGGAUCCUGUACAGCCUGUCCCGCGAGGGCCCGUCCCGGGACUGCGAGUUCCCACAGGACGGCGCAGAGGACGACUCCAGCGACUGGACGUCCUCGCUGAUGAGCGGCAGCCGCACCCGCCAGCCGCUGGUCCUGGGCGACAACGUCCUGGCCGACCUGGUGGGCAACUGGCUGGACCUGCCCGAGCUGGAGAAGAAGGGCCGCGGGAAGGGGGCGGAGAAAGGGGCGGGGAAAGGGGCGGGGCACGGGAAAGGGGCGUCGGCCAAGCCGCCGCUGCAGCGCAGCCGCUCCGAGGAGCUCGGCAGGAAGUUCUCGCUCACCGCCGGCAUCUUCAGGAAGUUCCUGCGCAGCGUGCGGCCCGACAGGGACAAGCUCCUGAAGGAGAGGCCGGGCUGGAUGCCCCUGGACGACCCCGACGCCGAGCUCUUCAAGAGGCCCAAGAAAGCGCCCAAGCCCAAGGCCUCCUUCUACCCCUUCCGGACGAGCGCGCAGCAGGGCAAGGGGCGGCCGAGCGCCCGUCCGCCGGGCGAGAGGAGGGGCCAGAGCUCGGCCAUUUACAUCGACAGGGUGCGGUCCAUCCAGGUCAUGGGGCACGCUCAGCCCAUGAUCUACGAUUUCGAUACAGCGGUCUGGGUGUGAGCCCUCUCCGGAUUAUUUAAAGGAGAUCAGAGAAGCACAUGUUUACAGACUGAAAGACUGCAGGAGCUACAGACUGCCAUACUGCCGUUUUUCUACAGCAGGAAUAACACUAAAAACACAGGACCUCUCCUGCCCCACUGCAGUAACAGAAUCCCCUCUUUGUUGUUGACGGUUCUUCCUUGCAUGAUUAUGGACCUCAUCCUAACCAGUCCCAUGCCCCUGUUAAGGCUGACUCACGUACAGUUCUGUACUGAUGGUCUGCCAGCACAGGAGUGCAUCACAGGCUGACCCCUCCACCCACAGAACCUGCUGUAGUUGUCCGUUCAUAGUGUGCCGUGCGUCUUGUUCUCAGAACCGUUCAGAACUGCUUGAACUAGUCCAAGAUGCUUGGGCAUUCGCAGGUUGCUCCCUGGCUACACUGUCCUGCAGGCCAGCUCCAUGUCAUCCUCAACCCCCCCACCAGGAGUGCUACAGUGGAUCCAGCCACACCAGGUUUAACCGUUUACAGGGCGAGAUGUUUCGGAAUGUUCCAAGUCAGUCUUCUAGAAUGCCAUUGUUUCAAUAACCAGUAGUGAUUGUGACAUCAUCACUGGAAUGAUCAGUUAAGAACAUUCUAAUCGUAUAUUUGUGAUCUCACACCUUAAAGGGUUAAAAAAAAAGAUUCUCCGACGUGUUCCGACAAGCGCCACACACCCACUCUGCCAGAGCAGCGUUAAAAUGCGUCGUGUCACCCAAGCCAACCUCGAAUCAAUCCGCCGGCGGUUCUCCUGUGUGACGCUGUGUACGGUCUCCCGCGGAAACGCCAGGCGCCAUCUGUUUGCUGGCGGUUAUGUAAGCGCCAAUCCAGCAGAGCGUGCGAGGGACGCGGCGUGGGCUCUAAUCUGGCGGAAGCCACGUUGCCGACGGUUACGUGAGCAGAGUCACGGAGUGGGGGGGGGGGGGAGGACUCGAGCGCUUUUCCCUGUCCCCCGUGUGCACAGAAAACCGGUCAUGAACACAGAUCUCAUCACCACAGCCUGUUCUUUUACUGCAGAAACAGCGACCGUCCUUCUCUCUGCACUUUACGGUACUCAGUCCUACACAUCAUAUCCAGGACACCUCACACAAUCCCACCUGCCUGCUUCGCACUACCACCAAGUUAUGCAGACAAUGAAACACUGUACCAUACAUGCAGUCUGAUGUGACUGGAGGAAUAGGUCUAACAGCAACACGUGGGCUGAAGUUGAGGGCAAGGAUUUGAAUGGUCAUAGUAACCAUGCGCAAGAUAUUUAUCCUGAGUCGUUUCACAGAAAAAGCUGUCUGCACCUGCAUAAAUGGUCAUAUACAAUGUGAGCUUACAAGCUGCACUGAAUUUACAGAGCAAACGAACAUCUGUGCUGUGAGAUGGAUAAAGAGCAUCACUCCUCACCAGAGCGAGCCGUCAGAAGCACCACUGCGGUGGCAGGGAACCUGCCUGA